AUGCCCCUCCCCCUCCCCCCUGGCCCAUGGGCUUUCUCUGCCUUGCACCUGUGCUUGGUCGCGACACUGCCGGCAUGCCCUCAACACUGCCAUUGGCCCGCCGCGACAUGCCAGUCCAGGUGCAUCCAAUGCGAAUGCCUGCUCCCUGCGCCGCGAACAUGUUGGCUACUACUCAGCGCAGCAGUGAUCUUCGCCCGUGGCUUUGGUCCACGUCGCGCACUGUCGUCCCAAACCCCCAACCAAGCCCGGGUAUUGGACACAGGGUGGUGGUUCAAAGAAGCUUAUCAAGUCGCCAUCACUAGUCAGAUGCUGUGGGGAUCGGGCCUAAACCCUCUCGGCCUUUGA